GGAGGGAGGGGUCGCCCCCAUAGCGCGCAGCAUGAACGCUCCGCGGCAAAAGGAUGUGUGAACAAGCAGCGCGCUACUGCAGGGACGGCGUCCACAAACUGCUCCACAAAGAACAAGCCAAACUCCGGUCACAGGACAGCAAAGAGCACCCCAACCCCGGGGCUCAGGACAGCGAGACGGCUGCACAGUCCGGAAACAGCGGCGCACAGCCCGGUGGAAUUGACGGGCUCGUCCGCUGGAUAGUCACCAAGAUGAGCGACAACAAGAGCAUCUCAACACGGGAAUAUGGGAAGGAAGAGGCGGCGGUGGCUCAGGAGCAGUUCUUCGCACCGGAGCCACGGAAAGGCAUCUCUGUCAUUUUGGAUAUUUUCCGGAGAGCUGAUAAGGAUGACGACGGAAAGCUUUCCCUCGACGAGUUCCAGGCGUUCUUCUCCGAUGGGACUCUAAAUGAAGAGGAGCUGGAGAAACUGUUUCACACCAUUGACUCCGAUAACACCAGUAAUGUUGAUACCAAGGAAUUGUGCGAUUACUUUGCCAACCACAUGGGGGAAUAUGAAGGUGUCCUGGCCUCUUUGGAGACACUCAACCUGGCAAUUCUCAAAGCCAUGGACUUCACCAAGAAGGUGUAUGAACGGGGAACUAACGUUGAGCAGUUUGUGACCCGCUUUCUGUUGAAGGAAUCAGCCAAUCAGAUACAGUCUCUACUGAGCUCUGUAGAGAGUGCUGUGGAUGUCAUUGAUGAGCAACAUUCAUCUGUGGGAUCCUACCCUAGUAAGACCAGCCCACGUGUCCCAGAUAGACACAAUGUGGCCCCGGUGCCAGAUUACCCUCCAAACAACAGGGUCAGUGCGAAAGAGAGCAUGAGGAACAUCAACACAGGUGCAGGGGCUGUGGAGGUGAGAAAAGAAGGACUUGAGGCACAGGUCAACCGACUGGCUGAGCUGAUUGGACGCCUGGAGAACAAGACAGUUUGGUUUGACCUACAUCAGCGACUAACAGACACUGAUGGCACAACUAGCGCAUCGCUGUACCUGAUCCGCCAAGAGAUGAAAGCUUCCCAAAAGCAGCUGGGAGAGUUCUGCGAGGCUCUGAAACAAUACCUGAAAGAUGUGUCUACUCAGAGAGACUGUUUCCAUGUGACUGCUGUACGGCUCCCUGAUGGACUUUCCUUUGUGGUCUAUGAGUUCUGGGAUGGAGAGGAGGAGUGGAAGAGGCACCAUCAAACGGCAGCAUGCAAGGCCUUCCAGCAUGUGAAAGUGGAUACUUUGUGCCAGCCCGAGGCAGUGUCUGCCGUCGCUGUGCCUGCCGCCUGGUGCAGCCUGAGCAGAGACUGAUGAAAAACGAGCCAGUCUGCGCGUGGAGCGAUCCCGCCUUAUGCCUGAAUACCUUGCUCUGCUCCUCUGUUUCCAACCUCCACCCUCCCCAUCCUCUGUCACAAUCCCUGCUGUCUUAACUCGCCCCUUCUCUUUCUGCUCUCUCACUCUCUUUUGUAAUUACUUGUUUACACAGUAUCCAUUUGAAAUCGAGCCAAAAGUACAGUGUCAACUAGAGAGAAUGUUGGCCAUAGAACCUAUUCCCUAUUCUAUUUCACAACAGCAGCAUACAGCAAUGACGUUAAAAACUCCCAGAAAUAUUUGGGAACUGCACUUGGUUGAUGCAUAUAUCCAAUAUCAGGAAAACUGCAUUUGCAUUUACAGUAUUUACAACUUGCAAAGUAAUUGAGGGUGAUUUAUUUCAUCUCAUUGAAUACACGUGACGGUUUCCAAAUGGUGCAACUUCUGAGAAGACAAAACUGUGCAGUAUUGAUACAGCUUGUCCAUGGAUGAUAAUAGAGUUAUGUAAUGUGAUGCUUGUUAUAGGUUAUAAGUUGGUGUUAUAGGUACUUUGAAUUGAAUGUUCUUGAAGCGUGGAACGCACUGAGCCAUGCAGAGAAUCUGGUUAUAUUUAUAUCAAAACAUUAAGCAUGAUGCAUACUGCUAGUCAAAGGGCCUAUAAUCAUAUUACAUACCAAAUAAAGAUGUGAUCCAGAAGCACAAUACACUGUACUUGGAGUAGCCUAUCCUUAUAAUGUUUACUUAAAUGAAUUUUUAGUGCAAAUACUGUAAUAUUCUGAGUGAUUAGUAUUGAGGACAGAAUUAUCAUGAGUAUUUUAUCUAUAGAUGUUUAUGCUUUUUGAGACCUUGAAAUGCAUAGAUGUGAAAAAUGACAUUGACUGAUAGUAAUUCAUCUGAUAUUCGUGUCCAUUUUAUAAGUCAUAUUUAAACAUUUGGCACCAGAUUAUGCCUCAGGACAAGCAACGUUUACGUCCCUUAUAAGACGUCUCAAAGCAAACCAUUUAAAACAUUUCAAGCUUGUUGAUGAGUAAAUCUGAGGCUGGUAUAUUUGUGCAGGAAGACUUCGGUUUGGCUCAGUGUAUAAACAAUUCAAUACCCGACAGAACAAAUGUGGCCCAAACUGCAACAUUCCUUUGUUCGCUUUCCCACCGAUCCUGCCUUCUGUUCGGUUUGUUGAUUCCUCACAGUGAGUGCAUGUUACAAAUGAAUGUCCAGUAAAUUAUUUGCCGUAGAAUUUAGCUAUGCUACUUUAAAUGGAUUUUGUGCAUUUCUUAUUUUCUUUUAUAUUGUUCCAGAAACGGAACAAAGAUGAAAAGUAUAUAUAUAUGAAAUGAAUCAAACUUAAAACAUGAACAGUCACUUUUAAUGGCAUUGUUUGAUGAAAUACUUCUUAUACUCUGUAUGUUUCUGUAAACUGGCUUUCUCUCUUAUGAGUGUAGAGAUUUAUUGCAGGGAUGCAAAGUAUUAUAUUCGUCUUAAAUUUGUUAAAAUUCUAGAUUAUGUAGAGUGCUGCUAUUCAAUAAAGUACUAAAAAAGGA